AUGUUCGAGUUUCUGGACUAUCACACCUCGUGGACAAGUCUCGAGACACUGAUGCUUUAUGGAUUGAACGGAAAUGGCGCGUUGGAGCCUAGCAUCUCUCUGCGCAUGUUCAAUCUCCUUCCCUCUUUGCGGAACCUGUGCAUUACCUCCUUCAACAAAGACUCCUUUGAUGACAGCACAUUGAUGUGUCUGCCAACCUUGGAGUCAUUAAGAUUGGAGAACCUGCCUGGAAUUACAGAUGUUGGUCUCUCGCAGUACGCGUCGCGAGCUGAAUCACUCUCUCUCAAAACCCUUGUUUUGAUCGAGCCAAACAUCGAGUCACUUCUAGUCAUUUCCAAAAUCCUUGCGUCACUACGACAACUUGAACGGUUCAAGAUAGUCCAGACCGAAAAGUGCCCAACUUUGCCAGAUGAACAUGUGAUCUUCCAGCCCAUCCUGGCCUCAUCAAAUCUGAAAUAUCUGCACUGGGAUGUGGCAUGCCCAGACCCAGGGACCGCCCUUACCCAACUUGAGACCCUCCCGUUCCAGAAACCCACAAAAUCCUCCAAUGCCCCCAACUUUCAUCUUGCCCAGAGCAUCAUCUCCGCCGGUUUCCCUCAACUGGUAGCUCUCCGCGCACCCUGCGAUGUGGAGCCCCCAGGUGCACUCCAGGCUGCCUGCCGGCCAAUACCCAAGGGCAAAGCCUUACUCCGACCAGACCGGUACAGCUUGCCUCGCAGCUCUCGCGGUUCUGUGAACACUCGACCGCUCGCUUUGCCAGCGGGGAACAAUCUGACUUCCGCUCGAAUUCGUGCCCAGACGUUCAUCGAUAUGGCCGCCAAGGACACCGAGGCCGGCAUGCCAGUUUUGAUCCAAGAUUACUCGGACUCGUAUGUGCCAGACAAUGCGCGUCACUCCCAGUUUGAGGAAGAGCCCCAGGUAAUGGACGACUACGGAAUCUGGGCUGCCUGCGAGCGGUUCAAACGCGAGGGCAACAGCCACAGCGGCCCUAAAACGGUCUACGAGUUCCGUAUGCCAACUUUGAUGGGCCGUAGUGGAAUCAGGGAUCCUGCAACUGGCGCAUCCAUUCCUCACUUCCUUCUCCGUCCUGAUCUACCUGGGCAGGAGUCAGACGGUGGCUUGAUUGGGUGGAAGCAACUGCUUGCCUCGAACCAGUCACUGUCAUAUGCUGCCGGGGUAGGUAUUAACAAUCUCGGCAGCGGAAGCCCUUCUAUCCUAACUCCCGAGGAGCCCAUGUCACCUGCAUCCACCAUUUCUAGGUUUGGUUGGGGAAGCUUGAGUGGGCGGUCUAUGAUGGGUACGUCUCCGACAACACCCACAACACCAAUCACGCCGAUGAGCAGUGUAAUGGGCUCGACCUUGCCUUGGGAGAAGGAUACCUGCACUGGAACCUGGAACCACAAAAGGGGACGAGACUGGUGGUUCCAUAUGGAGCGUGAUCGUCCGGGCAACUCAGAGCUCGUUGGCAUUAAACAACUUUUCUAA